AUGUCCGGAAUGUUUGGCUUCGGGCGUCCUCAGCCCUCAUCAUCAGAGAAGAUUGCAGCAGCAGAGCAGGAAAUGGACCUCAUCACAGACAUGUUCAACAAACUCCAACAAGCCUGCAUGAAGAAAUGCAUACCGAAAACAUACCUCGAGGGCGAGAUCAACAAGGGCGAGGGUGUGUGCAUCGACCGGUGUGCGGCCAAGUUUUUCGAUGUGCAGCUGAAGGUUUCCGAGUUAUUGCAAGCAGAGGCUGCGGCGAAGGGCGGUGCUCAAGGGGGUGGAUUUGGUAUUGGGGGAAUGUAG